UCAGAUAAAUACUCGAGCUUGCGUGUUUUCGUUGUAGCAGUUCCGUCAACAUCGAUCGAUAACAUCAUCCGCAGUACUGUUGAUGUUCAUCAACAAUUGUAUCACUGGAUCCCCACUCAGGUCUUUCAAGUGGGCGCCUUGGAGGCCACCAACGAGGAAUGCUCCCCUUCAGUCUUGUUCUGUGACCUUCCUUCCCAAUCCUUGACGAACUGACCCAUCAUGUUCACUCAAACUCGAAAAGUGGUCCGGAUCCUGCUAAUCGGCGAUCGCUCCGUGGGUAAAACCUCGCUCAUCUUGUCUUUGGUGAGCGAAGAGUUCCCCCAGGAUGUUCCACCCAGAGCCGAAGAGAUCACCAUUCCCGGGGAUUUGACCCCGGAAAAAGUUCCCACUUGCAUUGUGGAUUUUUCGAGUUUGGAGCAGAGCGAUUCCAUGUUGGAGAUGGAGAUCAAAAAGGCCGAUGUGAUUGCCCUGGUUUAUGCCGUGGAUGAUGAAGAUACUUUGGAUUCCGUGACCGAUCAUUGGUUACCUUUUGUUCAUCGCACUUUGGGGGAUUGCCAACGCAAGCCCUUGAUUCUGGUCGGCAACAAGGUGGAUUUGAUUGAUUACUCUACCAUGGAGGCUGUGUUGCCCAUUAUGAAUGAAUACGAGGAGAUCGAAACGUGUGUGGAGUGCUCAGCCAAGAAUCUGAAGAAUAUCUCAGAGAUGUUUUACUUUGCUCAAAAAGCCGUGCUCCAUCCCUCGGCGCCUUUGUGGAACUACAUGGACAAGGAGUUAACUGUGAAGUGCAAGAAGGCCUUGACCUGAGUGUUUAAAAUCUGCGAUCAAGACAACGACGGGUUUCUCUCGGAUCAGGAAUUGGGCUUGUUCCAAAAGCGUUGCUUUCAUAUGGACUUGGAAACCGGGACUUUGGAUAGUCUCAAGGCCGUGGUCUUGAAGAGUUGUGCUGAAGGCCUCACGCAGAGGGGCCUCACAGUGAAAGGAUUCUUGACCCUUAACAGCUUGUUCAUCCAACGGGGCCGUCAUGAAACCACAUGGACCAUUUUAAGGAAAUUCGGCUAUGAUGAUGAUCUCACACUUCAUCGAGAGUAUCUUUUCCCCGUGUUGAAAGUACCACAUGCAGCCUCGGUCGAGCUCUCACAUGAGGGUUAUGACUUCUUCACCACCAUUUUCGAGAAAUAUGACAAAGAUGGAGACAAGGCUUUGAGUCCGCAAGAGUUGGUUAACUUGUUCUCCACCUGUCCAGUCAUGCCUUGGGGUCCGGAUGUGUAUCACACAGUGGUCACGAGUCAACAAGGCUACAUUAGUUUGCCGGGUUAUCUCGGCCUUUGGUCACUCUCCACCCUUUUAGAUACUCAAAAGACCUUGGAAUAUCUGGCUUAUUUGGGAUACCCAUACUAUUCGGGCGAAGACAAUCAGAUCUCGGCUCUUCAGACGACUCGGAACAAGAAAUUAGAUUUGGCGAAGAAGCAGACGAGUCGAAAUGUGUAUCGGUGCCACGUAAUCGGCCCCAAGGACGCGGGUAAAACCACGUUUUGCCAAGGGAUCUUGGGCAACUCCAGAGCUGACAUUGCCGGGCUCAGACCGGAGGAUCUGCCCAGACAUACCAUCAGCAUUGUGCAAGUUUAUGGCCAAGAGAAAUACCUGGUCUUGGAGGAUAUCGAUGUUAGAAACGUGACCGAUUCUUUGAUGCCCUCUGAGGUUCACUGCGACGUUUGUUGUCUGGUGUAUGAUGUCACCAAUCCAAGAUCAUUCGAAUUCGUGGCCCGGAUCUUUUUGAAAUAUUUUGCGGAUGGAAAAAUCCCAGUUUUAAUAUGUGGCAACAAAUCUGAACUUCCAGCUGUCAGACAGGAUUAUAUUCUUCAACCAGAAGGGUUUUGUAACAAACAUAAGCUCCCUCCUCCACAGCCGAUUUCAAGCGCUCGGGGAGUCAAAAUGGAGAUCUUUGUCAAACUUGCUACCAUGGCUGCUUUUCCACGAUUUCAAGCUGCUUGGAUGCUUUUCUAUAAAGGAAGGCACAUGCGCCAUUUAGGUGGAUUGGUUGGCGAGGAAACUAGUUUUGUCCGACUGAGUCUCUUUGGAUUGGCUUUGGCUGCCCUCGGUGGCUUUUUAGCCCUCAAGAUCAUUAACCAAAGACAACUGGCUUCAGCAAAGUAAUUUAUUGCGAACAUCUCAACAGUUGGGAAACAAAUCAGAUGAUAUUGUACGCUUGAUUAUUUUGCAAUAAACUCUCGCCAAUACAAAA